GAAAAAACUACAGAUAUGGCACCGUACAUAGAAGAAAAAGAGAUAGCAAUAGCAGAAAACUCCAAGUCCGUACCUCCAACUCCUCUGGCAGCGCCGCGGGAAUACACGAUAGUGUACUCCGUGGUACUGAUCUUCGUGUAUUGGCACAUUGGAGCGCUGUAUGGAUUGUAUUUGGGGUUCACCUCUGCAAAAUGGGCAACAAUAAUUUUCAACUACCUGAUAUACGUGACAGGGGGCUUCGCGAUCACGGCCGGAUCGCACCGGCUCUGGUCGCACCGCGCAUUCAAGGCCAAGCUACCGCUGCAGAUCCUGCUCAUGCUGCUGCAGACCAUGUCGUGCCAGAAGAGCGUGCUCAAUUGGGUCCGGGACCACAGGUUACAUCACAAGUAUUGCGACACUGACGCCGACCCAUACAACUCGACCAGAGGGUUAUUUUACUCCCACAUCGGCUGGUUGAUGGUAAAGAAACAUCCAGAAGUCAUUAGACAAGGCAGAAGGAUUGACAUGUCGGAUUUAGAGGACAAUCCCGUCUUGAAGUUUCAAAAGAAAUACUACCUCAUUUUAGUCACUUUGAUGGCGUUCAUAAUGCCCGUGCUAGUACCAGUAAUCUUCUGGCAAGAGUCUCUAAGCAUCGCACACCAUGUUUCCCUAGUCCAUCUCGUCGCAGGGGCCCAUAUGACAUUCGCUAUAAACAGUAUAGCCCACGCAUUUGGAAACAAACCUUAUGAUAAAACCAUAUCGCCGACGCAAAGUCUAUCCUUGUCAUUAGUCACAUUUGGAGAAGGAUAUCACAACUAUCACCAUGUUUUCCCAUUCGAUUAUAGAGUCGCCGAAUUGGGAAAUAAUUAUUUAAAUUUGACAACGAAUUUCAUCGAUUUCUUCGCGUGGAUCGGAUGGGCGUACGACUUGAAAUAUGCGUCCCCUGACAUGGUUGAGCAAAGAGCGAAAAGAACAGGCGAUGGGACUGAUUUGUGGGGACGAGUUAUAGAAGAUGCGGAUAUUCCGGCCAGAAUACAUGGAAAUUGAAGAAUCAAGACUACAGUUACUCGUAUCUAGAAGUGGGAGCAGCUCCAGAGUUGUGACUUCGUGUCCCACGUUGACCACAGUAAUUAAUUGUGAACGAUUCGUAAUAUGUAUCUACCUCCGUUUUACGGCUUGUUAAAAUCAUGGUACCUAAGGACGUUUAUUUGUGUUCAUCACAAAUAUUUGUUCUGAGUUAUGAAUGUUUUCUAUGUAUUUAUGUAUCUAUCCAUAUAUAUCGUCGUAUCGUAGGGGCAAAGUCAAUUUGUGUAAGAUUGUCCCAUAUGAUAUUUAUUUAUUUACUUAUUAUUUAAUUUAUAAUAUUAAAUAGGGUACGUCCAAAAAUAAAGAGAGGAAAAAAUUCAUCUAAAGUAGGCGCGAUAUUGUCAAAUAAUGUAAUUAUUAUUAAAGUUUAAUGUUAUUGUU